AUGUACAGGUACACAUUUAACCCACCUGAUGAAGAGCUCAUUAGCUAUUACUUGAAUAACAAGAUCAGGGAGAAGGAUGAUUUAGAGGACAGACAAAUAAACGAGGUCAAUAUAUGCCACCAUGAACCUGCAGAUUUACCUGGGCUGGCGAAGAUAGAAUCGAGUCACACUUGGUACUUCAUAUCGCUGGUGGAGAAGUUUGGGAAACUGAACCGGACAAAGAGAGCGUCGAGGACAGGACACUGGAAGAUAACCGGGAAUAGCUCAACGGUUAAGGAUGCUGAUGGUAACCCUAUCGGUUUAAAGAAGUUUCUUGUUUUCCAAGAAAGCAAAAGAUGUUCUACUAAUUUGUCAUCCACUAUAACCCAACAACACAAGUCUCCUUGGAUCAUCCAUGAAUUUCAUUCCUUUCUCGACCACCCCAACAAGGUAUACAUCUAUGGAUACAUAUGUGACGCCUUUGUUCUCUGCAAACUAAUGAAAAGAAUAAGAAGUAGAGGGAGCGCCGCCAUCUCAGAGGUGGCGACAGAGUUUUCACCCAUCCUCACUACAGCCCCUAUAACUAACCACUCCCAGAUGCUGAUGGAGAACAAGAACAUCGUUGAAGAUUAUGGAGGAGAUUAUUGUAAUGACUUAGAAGAUCUUCUCCCAGAAGUUCACACCACUAACUGGCUUGAUCACUCUCAAUACUCUCAUCAGUUCGAUCAUUUUCACUGGGGAAGUUUCACCGAUAUAACGCAGCCAUUGGAAGGAGGAGAAUCCAGCGGUCUCCCUCUGGGAGAAAAUGGACACGUGAACGGACAAAACACCACUGAAAACUCGAAUCAUUUGGAGUUAGGGGUGUACUGGAACGGCAUGAAGUAG